AUGACGAAUCGACGUUCUUUCGACGAAAUAAUGACAUAUUCGUGAUUAAUACAGUGCAAAUUUGGAUGUAUUGUCAUGUUAUUGUGGUUGAGUUAUCUGAAACAGUUGGAGUUGGCGAGUAGUGGCGCGGAAAUGCCGCCAGGUGGCGUUGCAAACGUCAAAACAAUGUGUGAGGACGAGGAAUGGGGAAACGAGAGCGAGGCAAUGCCGGGAGAACCUCGUACGCCGAGUUCAGGGGGCGAGAGAGCAGCGUCCAGCGGGGGUGCUUCGCCAGCUUCGGGUGGAUCUCCUGCAGCUUCUCCGCCACGAUUGCGGCUCAAUACGAGCCUUGCUACUGAUCCGGCGCUUGCGCCACAAGCGGCGCCAUUGAAACGUGAACCGCCUUCGCCGUCACCUCCACCACCACCUGUACCGCAAGCGAGAGACUAUCUCGCUUUAACAGCGAAUUUUCCCUCAUUAUUUCCUACUGGCCCUCCUGGGUAUAUGUGCAAACCAUGCGGCAUUCGUUAUUCUUCCCUGAGCACUUUACAAGCACAUCAGGAACAUUACUGUUCUAAUAGAAGACCUAAACCAGUUGAAGGGACUGAGGGAUCAACUGAUCCAGCCGCAGAUGAAUCUAGUAGUGAUGCAAAGACACCACGCCCACCAGGCACAAAAUUAUACGCCUGUACAUACUGUUCAUAUAGUGCGGAUAAAAAGGUCAGCCUCAACCGACAUAUGCGAAUGCAUUCAUCCUCCCCCGUUAGUAGUGGGACACCAGUACCGACGCCUACGCUAAAUGGCGAAAGUACCGACGGUCCACCUGUACAAGAUCGUUACUGCGCAGACUGCGAUAUACGCUUUAGUUCCAUAAAGACAUAUCGUGCUCAUAAAGCACAUUACUGUAGCACUAGACAAGUAGUGAAACAGGCUUUGGCAAUGACACGAGGUGGGUCAGCCACGUCAGGGUCAACUCCUCCAUCACCUGGAGCCACACCUCCAGCGCAGAAUCAGUACGCACUUGCUUUACCCACUAAUCCAAUUCUCAUAGUGCCGUAUUCAUUAUUACGAAGCGCGAGCACUCUCCCUGGAGCGACUUUACCUGAUCCCGAUACGCCCUGUUUUUUAUUGCCAAAUGGAACAUUUCAACCGCUUAGUCGAGCGUUGUCAAAUAUAAAUACAGAUGGUAAGGAAAACGAAGUAUUAAAGUCUGCAAAUAGGCCGCGUGAACCGUCAAGAGACGGCGCUACUCCAUUAGAUCUUAGUGUACGACGUUCUCCGGAGUCUGUGACAACUGACGAACAUGAAAAAGAAAAUAGAAUACGUUCAGCGACUCCUGAACAAAUAGUUUGUGCUCCAUCAUUACCAGGAUCACCAAGAACACCGUCACCGUCAAGACGGUCAUCAUCACCGAGUGUAGAAAGUUCGCCGAAAAGACGACGGCGUAACUCCAGAGACCCUACACCUAAACCACUAAAUGUGCCCUCACCUGCAGAAGAGAAGUUCACCCCAACAGUAACAGCGCCAAUUUUACCAGCGCUAGCAUUGCGAUUGGCAAGUGAUCUCCCGGUAACAACUGCCUCACCGCAAGUUAUAGUCAAACAGGGUGUAUCAAAGUGCAAAGAGUGUAAUAUAGUGUUUUGCAAAUAUGAAAAUUAUCGCAUACACAAACGGCAUUACUGUUCCUCUGGCGGAGGGGAGGAACGAUCGAGUCCGGCACCACCAGAACCUGGUCCGCCACCACAGUAUCGCCAAUUGAUCUGCUUAGCGUGUGGAAUACACUUUAGCUCACUGGAUAAUUUGACGACGCAUCAAUCUUAUUACUGCCCUAAAAGGGAAACUCGGUCGCCCCGGAGCAUUCCUGAAGCGCCGAGACCAGCGUCGGCGUCUGAAGGUGGAUGGAAGUGUCCUUGCUGUGAUGUGGUAUCGCCAACUGCUGCCGCAGCCCAGCGUCAUAUGGAGGCCCACGCUGGCGUGAAGGCCUUCCGCUGUACCAUUUGCCGAUAUAGAGGGAACACUCUUCGUGGAAUGCGGACGCACAUUCGCAUGCAUUUUAACAACAAAAAACCAGCCGAACUACAGGAGGAAAGCUACAUUGCGUGCGUUUUAGAAGAGGACAGUCGAGAGGCGACGUCGCCCAGCCCUGCCGCUGGCGGGGAACGCAUCCACCGUUGCGGAAGCUGCGCCUACACCUCCACUUACAGGGGCAACGUGGUCCGCCACGGGCGCCUCGUGCACGCCCUCGACGAGCCAGAACAAGAGGAGCAAACAUCGCCCAUCCCCGUCGACAUAAAGAAGGAGCCCGACGCAGAAAUGGAAGAGACGCCUAAUUACUGUAAAUCUUGUGACAUAUCAUUCAAAUAUGUGAACACGUAUAAAGCACACAAGCAAUUCUACUGCACGGCGAACAACCAAGAGGCCGCUGCGAACAAUAACGUGCCUCCACCACAGCCCACCAGAGUAACCAACUCACCGGUGGUGUGAAGUCCCAAGUGACGAUUCAAAAAGGAAAAGACAUUCGACCAGUCAAAAAGGAAAAGACUAAUUUUGACGUUCCGAACUCUUAGAGAUAUAGCAUUCUAUCGCUUCAGUUGCUUCCAGAGCAUUGUAAUUAUAAACUUAGAUUAAUAAAUGUAUCCUCUCAUUUUGGAUUAUUAAUCAAAUUAUGUGCAAUAAACGAUAAAAAAUUAUUACGAUACAUAUAUCGUACUUCAUAUCAAGCCAAAUUGACGUUUCAAAAUUUCAUUGUGAAUGAACGAAAGUGUUGAUAGAACGAAUGUGUCAAUCGAAUGAAUGAACGAGUUGAUAUAACUUGGCUAUACUUGUAUGCGAUCCCGUUUACUAUUACAAUUUUGUUACAAAACUUGUUGUGUAAAUUUACUAGUAGAUAUAAAAAGUUAACCUUUGUCUUUGUAUUAGUAAGUACCUAUACGUUAAAACUACCAAAUUGUAAAUAUAUGUAAAGAUAUUAUUACAUUGUAACUAAAUUUUAUUACCAUUUGAAUCGUUCUUAGUUUGUUGUUAAUUUUGUUUAAUAUUAAUUAUUAUUCAUAGGUGAAUUUUUACUAGGUACGUCUUGCAAAGCUGUACAAUGCUCAUUCCUGUAUCGAAGUUUUACCUGCCAGUGGUGUUUCGAUAUUUUUUUUUAAUUUCAGAGUAUUGUGAUUUUAAAAUAACUACACUUUAUUAAUCUGCAUCUAGGAAUUUCCUGACAUAAUAUGUUAUAAAUUCUAGCUAAUGAUUCGUAAAAGAAAGUACCUGUAUAACAAUCAGUCAAAAAACAUCUUUAAAUUUGCAUACUAUUUUUUUUUUAAUUCGUGUAACGGAAACCUAUUGCAAUAAACAUAGAUUAUAUAGUAAAUAUUUCGGAUUAAUAAAAAUAUAAUAUUAUAAAUAAAUGCCUAUAUUUAUUGCGACAUAAUUUGUGCCAGUUUCAUAUGUAGGCAUUAUUCCUAGACUUUGGAUUGGUAUACCCAUUCUAGUACAAUCUGUAAGUAUAGAGGUAUAAAAAAAUCCUUUUACAAUUGUAAAAUUGGCAAUUUUUUUUUAAACAUGGUAUUACUUUUUAAUGUGAUUAACAUGAUCCUGUGUUAUUUAUAUGAAACAGCUAUUGUGAUAAUACAAAUAUAGCUUGAGCUGAAGCAAAUUACAAGAUAAUAUUAAUGGAAAUAUAUGAAUUCACGUUUUAUUGAGAAUAUUUCUAUAUUGUACUUAUUAUAAAUCCCACAUAUUUAAGUAUGUACCGCCACUUUUAUUAAUGACAAUAUUUCUUGUAUAUUUAAUACAGGUCUCAGAAUAGAUUUACUUUAAAUAUAUCCGUAUGAAAACUGUUAAUAAGAAAUAUCUUUGCAUUAUUAUAUAUAUUUUCCCCAAAAGUAUCACCGAUUGGUAUCGGAUAUUCGGAUUUAAUUAAUAAAAUAAUGCUGUUUAAUAUAAUAUCAAAAUAUGUACCAUGUUUUGUCUAUGCCAAAGCAUUGUUAGUGUAAUCGUAAUUUGCAUUUAUAGGUAUCUCACUAACUUUAAUUAUAGAAUUAAGUGAAUACAAGACUUAUUCCGUAGAUUACCUACGUAUAAUACGAUUUGUGUAUUCAUUUGUGUUUGUCUGUCUUUGGAAUGAGUCUCGAAUUUCCGUAACGAAAGUGCAAAUGGAAAUUAUAAUGUUGAUCUUCCAACUAACCACUGUGACGUUUUUAUUACACGUAAGUACAGGUAUGUGCAAGUGUUUGUGAUAAAAUUUAUGUAAACUAGUUAACACUUUUAUUCACACCUGUACAUACCAUAGAAACGUA